GUCAAAUUCAGCUGAGUUCAGCUAUUAACAAGUCGAGCCGAGGCAACUUGCGAUCAUGUUGGUUUAUUUGCCGCCCUAUUUGGCAUAAGUAAUCUUUGUAUUUUGCCUGUCAAUAUGAGAAAUUAUUCAAGCGAUGUCCCAAAUUUUCUAGGGUUUCUAUAGUAAACACUGUAUGGAAGUGUGAGUUGAACAUAACUACAGGUAAAUUUGACGUCAUUUUCAUUUGUUAAAUGUCGAUUUUAGAAUGUAGCAUUUGAUUUUCGUUACUUUAAUCAUAUGUGUUUCUUCCCAUUUCUUCUAUCUUUCAACUUCUUUAUGGUUUGAUUUGAUCACGUAAUCAUCAAUGAUAGACAGUCAUAAAAGGAUAGCAAUAGAUAAUGGGACAGAUGAUAUAGUCAGUGGGUGUGCUUGGCCUGCCAAGAAAUUUAAUAGACAACAUUUUAGAGCACAUGCCCGUUUGAGAUGCAGCAAGGACGAAUAUCUUGUCAAGAAACUGGAGAGAAAUCUUCUAUUUGAGUGUAGUAAGCUCUCACAGGUGAGCCCUAACGAGCCGAGAGACAAAUCUCACUCUCUGGGAACUGUGGAUCAAGACUCAAGUGUUUGCGAGGCCGUCUUCUACAAAAUGGCACAUAAACUAUUGAAGCAACAGUCUUUCCAUGAUUCUCCACCUGCUCAUUCAAGGUUCAGUACCUUGCAUUCGAGGUUCAGUACCUUGCCAGUAGAGGUGAAACUCAAAAUUCUAGAGCACAUUCCUUUUGAAGAAGCAGCAAGAACAAGCAUCUUGUCAAGGACAAGUAAUUGGUCUGAACAUUCACAAGUCAUACUUGACAAACUCCUCUUUGAAGAGCGUGGCCGAUGGAUUGCGCUCCAUCCAACUGAAUGGGUGAACAAAGUUACCAAGAUUCUCUCUAAUCAUCGUGAAGGUCUCAUUCCCAUUCGAAAGUUUAUUCUCCACAUUCCGGACAUGCAAUUUAACUGGGCCCUAUAUAUAAAUAUAUGGAUACCAUUCCUGUCAAGCAAUGGUAUCAGGGAACUCUCUGUGGAUAAUUGGAAUAUUAAUACAUUUAAGCUUUCUUCUUUUCUCCUGGAGUGCUAUGAAUUGACACGAUUGAUUCUCCGUAAUUGUAUAUUCAAGCAAUCAGUUGAAGGCUUUCGGAAUCUCCGAUUCCUUCAUCUUGAGAAAAUAGCAUUUGGUUCCAAAAUAGUUGGUGCUGUUACAAUCAGUGCCCCAUCGCUUGUGCGGUCAGAGCUUGUAGAUUGCACGGGCUUUCAACAUUUGAAUAUUCCAAAACUAGAGAAUUUUAUUGUUGCCAGUGGUGAUGGUAUGAGUCGUGAUGAUGCGAAUCAGAUGAGGUUAAAGCUGGGGGGGAAAACUAUUGACGAAGAAGAAGGAAGAGGCCGUAACUGCCGCAGCUGUGGCGGCUGCUGUAGAUGGCGAGAGCCGGGUUACAGAGUAAAAUAUGUUUUCUAUCCCGGUAAUGGUAGAAAACAAUUUGUUUUCUCUCCCCAUGUAAGGGCCAGAUGGUGAACCAGCUUGAACUAUGGACAAAAACAGAAGUUGCUCUGGAUUGGGUUGUGAUUUAUAUGGAUGGACCAUGGCUGGCGUCGACUUAGUUAAAGUCAAUAAGCUAGCUUUUUUUUCUUUUUCUUUUUUUCAUCGUUUUGGGUUUGUAAUAUCCAUUUUGUAAAAUGUUUUAAGACCCAAUUUUUUUUUUUUUUAUAACUAGUGUUCCACCCGUGCUAUACAUAGGUUAUGUUUAUAAUUAUUUGUAUAUAUAUGAAUUGUGAUUUUUAA